UACCUUUUUCCCUGCAUGUUGGGUCGGCCCACUUCUGGCUGUACUCUGAAUAUGGAGUCCAUUAGCGGUGGGCUCCACAGUCUUCUCCUACCUUUUCCUUUUCGGUUUAAUUCAACUAUUCAAGGAAAACAGAGAUCGAGAGAGAUAAGUACCGCCGGCGUGCCGCGAUGGCCGGAGACCUUUUCGAGGAUUUGCCGCCGCCACAAUCUUCGAACGCCAGAAUUCCCUGUAAUUCCUCCGCCGGAACAACACAUGCUCCCUUAGAAGGUUCCCCUGCACCGCCACCAAACCCUAAGCCUGCACUUAAGAGCGCUCUAAAACGUCCGAAGCCUCCUCAAGAAACUCCACCUGAAACUUCUGCUCCUCAAAAAAGAUUGAAAUUUAAAACAACUACUGAUGCAUCUGAAGCUCAAGUUAUAGAAGCUAUGGAGAAGAUAUCAUCACAUAUAAAGAACCCCUCAAAGUUCAGCAAGGCAUCAAAACUUGCAAUUCAAUUAAUUCAGGCCGGUAGUGUUAAAUCAUCGACUAGUGAACAAUUUUUUGCUAUUCUUGAAGCUGCAAUGUCAUCACCCACCUCCUGCAACGAGCCAUCAGUACGUGCCGACUAUCAUGCACUGUUCUCUGCAUCUCUAGAUGGAGUUGAGUGCCUCUCGAAGAAGCAGAAAAGUUGGUUAACCGUAUGGACAAUCCGGGCAGUCGUGGCCAAUGAGCUCUUCACAGAUGACAGCUUUGUGUUCUCAAAAGCUACUGGGAAAAUAAAAGAAGGCAUUUCAAACCUUCCACUUGCAACAAAAGAUGAAGACAUAGAGGAAGCUGCUUCCUUAGAGGAUGAGAUACGGGCAGAAAAUGCCAAUGUGCAGAAAAAUGAUGGGCAAACUCCUUAUCCUUCAUCUGAGAUAAUAAAUAAUAAUAAUAACAACAAUAAUAGCAGUAGUAAUAAUAAUAAUAAUGACGAUCAGGACCCUUUUGGCCUCGAUGCUUUGAUUCCAAGCACAUCAAAGAAAGAUGACAAGCCCAAGGCAGCAAAAGAAAAGAAAGAAGUGGAAGAUGCCAAGAAGCUACUCAAGUCAAAACGAGAGGCAUGGGUUUCGUGUUUAGAGAUUGCAGCGAAACGCUACAAAACCCCAUGGUGCCAAACAGCAAUAGACAUCCUGGUGAAGCAUGCCUUCGACAACAUUUCGAGGUUCACCUCCAAACAAAGGGAAGCCAUUGACAAACUGUGGGCGUCCGUGAGAGAGCAGCAAGUGAGGAGGAAGCAAGGCAAAUCCGUGACCGGAAAACUGGACGUGAAUGGGUUUGAAUGGCUGCAGCAACAAUACAAGAGCGAGAAGAUCAGUAUCCGCCACUCCGUGGGGUCCAGCGGCGAUAGGAAAUGUACCCAGUGGCUUGGUUGAUCCCUCUAAUGCUUUAUAGUGUCUCUGUAAUAUUUGUUUCUUCUUCCUGAUCAUAUGUAUCUCAACUUGCAAGAAUUACUGGGCUUGCCCUAUUGAAGCUGUAAUGUCAAUUCUUGAGUGCAACAAUUAACUGUGAGAACUCAGAACUCCCUUUUUUUAAAGAAUCGAUUCUAAAAGAUGAUUGCAGUCAUGAAU